UGGCGAUGGCGGUGGCGGCGCGGGCUCUCACGCUGCCGGCAGUGGUGGAGGAGCUGCUGAGCGAGAUGGCGGAGGCGGCGCGGGACGGCGCGCCGAUUCCUGAUGAGCAUCUAUUAUCGCUGAAGUUUGUCUUUGGCUCAUCAGCCGUCCAGGCCUUGGACCUCGUUGAUCGCCAGUCCGUCACCUUAAUUUCAUCACCCAGUGGGAGGCGUGUUUACCAGGUACUUGGAAGUUCCGGUAGAACAUACGUGUGUUUGGCCUCUUGUCAUUACUGUUCGUGUCCGGCAUUUGCCUUCUCAGUGCUGCGGAAGAGUGACAGCCUCCUGUGCAAGCACCUCUUGGCAGUUUAUCUUAGUCAGGUUAUGAGGACCUGUCAGCAGCUGAGCAUCUCUGACAAGCAACUGACUGAUGUAUUAUUGAUGGAAAAGACACAAGAAGCGUCAUAACUGGCGCAGCUGGAGCAUCACUGGCUUUCAAGUCGUCAGCAUCAUCUACAAGAGCAGCCAGAGAACCAUAAACACAUUUGUCGACCCUCGGAACCUACUAGUAACGUGUGCAUAUUAACUAGGUACGUGGUACCUCCGGGGAAGCGCUCCGAAGAGGCGACCUGCUGGCCUGUGAGGUGCAGCUGUCCUUCCAGUGAGAAUCCGCCAGCCAUGCCCUGUCCCUUUGUUACUGAACUUGUGCCUUCUCCUCAAAGAGGCCAGAGCCUAGGUCACAGGCCCACCUGGAGAGCAGGCUGCGCCCCUGCCUGCCCAUCCCCACUCUUGCGGACGUCUGUCCGGCAGAGAACAUACCUGGAGAUGAUUUGGUGGAAAGUGUAGCGGAAGUCUCGGUUCCGGUAGGCGUAGACAAUGGGAUUGACGACCGAGUUGGCGUGUGACAGGAGGAUGGCCGUGUUCAUGGCCCACUUGGGCUUCUCCUUGGCCCAGGCUGGCUGAAAGAGCGUGGCACAGUUGAUGGCGUGUACCGGCAGCCAGCACAGAGCAAAGAUCCCAACAAUCACGGCCAGGGACUUGGCCGCGUGGAUCUCCCGCUGGAGGAUGGUCCUCGAGUGGUCCAUGAGCUCCAUGCGCUGGAGCUGCCUGCAGGCCACCAGGAAGAUCUUGACGUAGAUGACCAGCAUUAUGAGCAGCGGGGGCAGGACGCACCCAAAGAAAUUGAAGUACACCAUGUAGCUCAUGGGGACCACGUUCUCAAAAAGACACUUCACAAGGCAGCAGCUUGCGUUUGUGGUCCCAUCCCAGGGCUCCGUGCAAUUGGUGGCACUGUCUUUACUGUUCCACCCCAGGAACGGGGUCAGGCCGAUGCCAAAGGCAAGGACCCAGAGGACAGCAAUGACUCCUCUUGCUCGGGCCCCAGUGACCAAACCCUUAUACCUGUUGAAAAGAACAUCAUCUGUUACCGUCAGCUUACAGCACUCUGCCACCAAAGUCCAGGACCCCACCUCUGCUUUUUGUUCCUUUACCCCUAACAGCCUCUACCGUUCAGCCUCAGAGGGCACCGUGGCCUUUUACCCUCAACACUAACAGCUUGCAAACAGGUAUAAACAGCUUUGCUCUAACAAGCUCAAUAAGAUUUUCAUUCUUAAUAACUCACCUCUGUCUAAUGACAAAUCACGGUCAAGGAGAACAAGUGGAGAAUUCUUAAAGGCUGCUUUCUAAUCACCCAGAUACUGACCUUGGGUCUAGGUCUCCUAUGAGACACAGUUGUAGGGGGUCGAGAUACACCAGGGAACGGAACCCACAAGACCCCUGCUUCUCAGGGACUUACGUUCUAGCAGGGGAGACAGAUCAUAAUAAACAACAAGCAUAGGUUAGUAAAUUAUACGGUAUGUUAGAAAGAAACGUGUAGUGUGAAAACAGAAAAAGCAGAGUGAGGAAGGUGAGCUGUGGCAGGGACUAGUGUUAAAGAGGUCAGGCAGGGAGGCUUCAUUGAUAAGAUGCCCUUGAACGAACACCCAACAAGUGAGGACCGGAGGCCCCUGGAGUCAGGCAGCCUCACCUGGUGACUCUGGGCGAGAAGCCUUCUGGUCCGUCUCCCACCAACACCCUAGGAAGAGUCAUCCCCCUGAAUUCCCCGGUAAGAUGCUGGAGAACGAGAGUUCUAGCAGCGUCCCUGGCUGUCUCGGCUAGCGGCGAAGUUGAUAAAAAUUGGGAAAGAACUUAGCAAAUAUCAAAUCUUUUUAGUAAUUUUUAGACCAUUAAAUCUUAUUUAAAAUCUAGAAAUCAUAAUACACAUUUUGGACUUUUUGCUACAAGGUAGUCCAUAUAUGGUUUAUAGCAAAGGUAUAAACUCUGCUAUUCAUAACUGGUCCAUAAUAUGUAUUUAACAUAAUGUAUUGAAAAAAAUGAAAUAAAAUCUUUACUUAACCUCUGGGAAGAAAACUGGGAAAU